AACAACUUCAGGGAAUUGUGCUUCUUCGAUACCGGUACCCGACGCAGCGCGGAACUCUUCGGCUGAUCUAAUCAGAUCAAACCCCACAAUCAGUCCCCAUAGUCCUCGGCUCCUCCAGUUCACCGUCGACCAUGUUGCCGAGCUUAGCAGCUGCGUGGUUCUCGGGUAGCAGCUCAUGCUACAGCGUCCAUUGCGCCGAAAAAAAUGCGAGGAUAUAUUCCUUGAAGUCGCUGCAGCCAGGCGAUCAACAGUUUCUCACAAUUUUUUGUUGACCUCCUUGGGCUGUAUUCUGCGCAGAACACCAUAUCACCCCUAGCCCGGGCCGUUCACACCAGUUACAAAGCGGACAGAUGGAAGGGUUAUCGCUACCCACCCGGACAAGUCUUCCCUUGGUGACGAGUCAUCAUUCUCCGCACCACUCCUCUUACCAGUUCACCGCGAAAGGAUCGCAAAGCGUGCGCCAUCGAAGAAAGAGGGCAAGGCUGCAGCCGAGACUAGCUGCACCCGCAUCCAUGUCGCCAGCGCAGAACCUCGCGACAGGAGAAACCGGCAGCGCCGCAUCCCGUGCUCGCCAUGCGCAUUCGUUGUCAGGCAACAUAUCGACGCGGCCUAGGCGGACGACUGCGCAGAGCGACAUCCAUGAGACGAUAUUGCACCCCGGAACCGUGAAGAUCAACGUGCAGGGCGCGUUUAUCGUCGACGAGGAACAGCCCGGAACGCCGCAGAGCGAAGACUACGAGCACGACCCCAAGGACAUCCGAUUGCCAAACCAUACAGCGGUCGUGAGCCAUAUAGCAGUUGACAUCGGAGGCUCUCUGGCAAAGCUCGUCUAUUUCUCCCGCGAACAUGGUGACGACUCCCUCGGCGGCCGGCUGAACUUCCUCAAGUUCGAGACCGACCGAAUAGACACAUGCAUAGACUUCAUGCGCAAGCUGGUCUCUGACCACUGCGACAACGGCACUGCGCCCAGCGACAUCUGCGUCAUGGCGACCGGCGGCGGUGCAUACAAGUACUACGACAAGAUCACAGAGGCGCUAGGUGUUGAAGUCAUCCGGGAAGACGAGAUGGAGAGUCUGAUUACAGGUCUGGACUUCUUCAUCAACGAGAUCCCCAACGAAGUCUUCACAUACAGCGAAGACCAGCCCAUGGAGUUCGUUGCGCACCCGCCCGACCCACCGAACAUCUACCCCUACCUGCUCGUCAACAUUGGCUCCGGUGUGUCAAUGGUCAAGGUGUCAGGGCCUCAAGUGUUCGAGCGAAUCGGCGGCACAUCACUGGGGGGCGGUACACUAUGGGGACUGCUGUCGAUGCUCACGGGUGCGCGAAGCUUUGACGACAUGCUGCGCCUUGCAGAGAAGGGCGACAACUCGACCGUCGAUUUGCUCGUCGGUGACAUCUACGGGCAAGCGUACAACAAGAUCGGCCUGAAGAGCACACACAUCGCGUCCUCGUUCGGCAAGGUGUACAAGAAGAAGCGCGCAGCAGAGCGAGAAGCUGAGGACGGCUGCAACGGCGACUUCAAACGGAGAGGAGAGGAAGAGCAUGUCGAAGGUUCGUCAGAGAUGCAGCACUCGCCCAGCGGUUUUGCACCCGAGGACAUCUCAAGGUCGCUGCUGUACGCUGUGUCGAACAACAUCGGCCAAAUCGCAUACCUACAUGCCGAGAAACACGGCCUGGAGCGCAUCUACUUUGGUGGGUCUUUCAUCGGUGGGCACGCCCAGACGAUGAACACAUUGUCAUAUGCCAUUCGCUUCUGGUCGAAGAACAGCAAGCAAGCGUACUUCAUCAGGCACGAGGGGUAUCUCGGCGCUGUAGGAGCUUUCUUGAAGAGGCAGCCGAGGAAUUGGGGCAGGAGAGAAAGUUUUCAAGGCACUAGGCCUACUGUUUGAUAUCCCGUUGAAGCGAGCAUAUAGAUUUGGCGUUGUGUAAAAGUGAAAUGCAUCUAUGUCGAUUCCACAUC